CUGCAAUCUUUGCAAAAUGGCGAACCAAGGGGAAGGAAAAGGAGAGAGAUCUGAAGAUGAUUUCAUUCCUCUUAGAACAAAUACGAAACGAAAUACCACGGGACAGGAAGACAACUUAAUGAAAUCUUACUAUGAGGAGGUUGAAAAUAUAACACAGCUUUCUGAGGAAAAAAUUGAUGAAAUAAGGUGGCAAAAUGGGAUUGAGAUCCAAGGUGAAAAUUGCCCGAAGCCUAUAACAAGUUUUCAAGAUUUAAAGUUACCUCCUGAACUGCAGGAAUACUUGCAAGAUAAUGGCUACAUUAGCCCUACUGCAAUCCAGAUGCAGGCUCUCAGCUGUGUUAUGAGUGGAAGAGACAUCAUUGGUUUGGCAGAGACUGGGUCUGGUAAAACGUUGGCUUAUUCCUUGCCUCUGUGUAUGUUUUUGAAAACAAGACAGCCAUGUUUGCCUGGACAAGGACCUAUGGCACUUAUUUUGACUCCUACAAGGGAACUGAUGCGACAAGUGUUUGAUCAUAUUUCAGAAUUAUUGUAUUGUAUCACAACAGAGACUACAGGUAUGGUUUUACCAAACAAUAACCAUGGCAGUGUCGCUGAAAACAUCAAUUCACUUCAUUUGAAUUACUCAAACACAACAAGGAGUUCUUAUUUGAAUACACAUUUACCUUAUAAUGUGAUGAACACAGGGUCACCAGGAAUGCCUGGCUGUCAUCCAGUAUCAAGUCAUUUAGCAUCUUUCCCUUACUUAUUCCCUGCAGCUUCACCAGUCAGCAUCAAAUACAAAUCAGUUGGAAUUUGUGGUGGUGUGCCAGUUUCAGUUCAGGCACAGGAGAUAAGGAGUGGAGUGGAUGUUGUCAUAGCAACUCCCGGAAGGCUUCUUGACUUGUGUAAACGUGGCCUCAUCAGUCUUGAUAAAGUGUCAUAUUUAGUGAUGGAUGAGGUAGAUAAGAUGCUUGGGAUGGGGUUGGAAGAACAGUUGAGGAAGGUUGUUGGACUUGCUACUAGAACUGAAAGGGCAAGACAAACACUGCUAUGGACUGCUACCAUGCCAGAUUCUUUAGACAGAUUGGCAAGGUCUGCAGUGUUAGAUCCCAUUACAAUUCAAGUAGGACCUGUUGGGCUGAUAUCUCCUACUAUCCAACAAAAUGUCAUGUUUCUGUAUCAUUAUGAAAAAACAGAAAAAUUAUUACAAGUUCUUCGAAAUACACCUAUUCCUCCUGUCAUUGUAUUUACAUCAUCCAUCCAGAAUGUAGAUUAUGUCACAGAGUUACUUAAGGAGGAACAGUUCCAUGCAUCUGGCCUGCACUCUGAAAAACCUCAAGAAUACCGAUUUACAUUAGUGAGGGAAUUUCGUGAUGGCAAAGUGGAUGUGUUGGUGGCAACAGAUGUUGGGUCAAGAGGUCUUGAUUUUCCUGAAGUAACACAUGUAAUAAACUAUGAUCUACCAGAUAGUAUUGAAGAUUAUGUUCACCGCUGUGGUCGUACAGGAAGAAUGGGGCAUUUCGGUGUUGCAACAUCUUUUUUAACACUUGACUGUAAGAUUGCUGAGCAACUAAAAGAAAUGCUGGAAGUGAUGGAUCAAGCUGUACCCAAAGAGCUUGUGAACACUAAACAGUUUGGCAAAAAAAUCAUAAAGACAGAGUUUGGUGAUAGAGUUGUAGAUUUUUGAGAAGGUAUUUUGCAUUACAAUGAAACUAUUGAUUUUCAAAAGGAAGCAAGGGAAUCAACAUGGUUUGAUUUCAUGGUUUUCAUAGUGCUAUACACUCGAAACAAAGGGAGACGUAAAAUAGGAAUUUUGGAUCACCUUCUACUUGUAAUUAGACAAUUUUUCUCUAACUACACAUGGUAUGAAUUGAUUUCUUUUUUUAGUUUACAGAGAUUGUGUUUGUCAAUCACCAGACUGGAGAUCAUGUUUACUUCAAACGGCAAGUGAAUCAAGUUAUCGUGGCCCAUGUCACUAUGGGAAAAUGCUACGGCCUAAGGAUUGGGGACAUGACAAGGUCGAAUGCAGCUUUCUCUUACCAACUGUUGGUUGGUGAUAACUCAUUUUACCCGGGGGUUUUUCAUCUCUGGGUUCACAGAAAAUUGCCACAAGGACUGUGACUCCUGAUUUGGAGACAGCGACUCGUUAUAUUUUCACUCAUCAGCUUCUCAGGAUAACCUUGGGAGCGUGGCAUUUCACACUAAUGGUCAUGACAAACUUGAUAAGAGACUUACUAGUGUUGGCCUGCGUUAAGAGUAGCAUGGACAGUAACUGAGCCUUACAUGACGAGGAUAUUUUAAUAUUGGGGAUUUUGAGUCGCUUCAAAAGAGUAAAUAGCUUUGAAGACCGUUUCUCCUCCUACAGUCGUUUUUGUAAACCUUAUCAUGUAAUUAUGUCAGCAUCUAUAUGAAUUCUUUUCAUAAAAUGACCAGAGAGAGGCAAGUCAGUUGAAAACAUCUUCUUAGUGAAUAAACGUAAGUCGUGAGCAAAGCAAGCAUACAACUGUAACUUCAGAAAUAAAAGUAAAGGCUAAUUUUUCAUCUCUAGUGAAUACAUGUUUCGCAGUGAGUUAAUUAUUUCUCUGAAAAAAUACAAGGAAGGUUUUAAGUGCUGAGUUUCAUCAUCAUAUUUUAUUUGCCUUAUUUACACAAUACAAAAAAAUUUAUGUACAGCGGUUACAGCUAGAAGGCGAGGAGACUCAGGAAGCCACCGGGCUUAUGGGAGAGCCACCUCACUUACAUUAAUAAAUAAAGUAGAGAAAAAGUGCUGCGAAUGUGCGGCUAGGCCAAUUCAAGGAUUAUUUAAGUAAAAACUCUUGCAUUUUCGUCUUAAAACUAAGAAGGUUUGACGAACGAGUGACUGAAACAGGAAGAGAGUUCCAAAUUUUAGGACCUUGGUGAAGAAUUGUAAAUUGCUUGAGAUUUGUGCGGCACAAAUGCGUUCGAUAAUUACUGGCUGUUCUGGUACCAUAGUUGUGAAUUUGGCUAUUCGUUACAAAAAGAUUGAGAAGCAAUGGAGGCAAUAAGUUAUUUCUAUAAUAAAACAUGAGUUUGGCGGUUUCAAAAGUAUUGACUUGGAAAAUAUCUAAAAUUCCUAGUUUGGAGAAUAAAGGAGCGGAAUGGGCUCAUAAGUCUGAGUUGGUGAUAGCCCGCACAGCUCGCUUUUGCAAGUAAUAAAUUCUAUUUAAGUUAGAUACGUAUGUGGACGACCAGGCACAGUUACAAUAGACGAUAUAAGGAUAAAUUAAGGUGUAGUACAAAGUGAGCUUGGUUGUAGAGGAUAGGAAAAAGCGAGACCUGA